AUUCAUUUAACCAAUUCUGUAGCAAAACGUUUCUUAAAAGGAAGCAAAUAGAACGAAACGGGGAGUGACCUACCUGAUAUUGUGCAAUGGAAACUGUCGUUUUAUUGCGAAACGUUUGGCAACUGGCGGAAUAAAUACACCCCUGCUCCUCACUGGAUGCGGGACGUUAGCCAACGAACAUUAGUUAGCUAGCUAGGUCGUUAGUGUUAAACGCCAUUAUGUACAAUUAAUAUGCUAGAUAAUGUGGCUUUGGAGGCGAACGAAGCUAAAUAAUUUGAAAAGCGAGAGUAGAUAACUGGCUCGCUAGCUAAUCUUGUUCAAAGACAAUGUACUCGUUAGAGCCAGGUAUCAACGUCACGUGGGCACUUGUAGCUAGCUACCUACUUUUUUUUAUCCGACUUCAAGCCCGUUUUGACUUGUUUGCAGCAUCGUCACAUUUUGCUUUGUCGUGUUCUGCAGCAACAUCAAGCUAGCUAAACAAAAGUCCAUUGUUGCAAUAAAAUAUUUUUAGUUGUAUGUUUUAUAUCAUGUGCCAUUCCCCAGGACCAAUGAUGAGUCAUUGCUCCAAUAACUUUUUAACCUGACAGGCCUUGACUCACAGGAACAUCAGCUCACAGGAACAUCAGACCCAGACUGAUAUCAUGGAGGAAACCAAGGGAGAGCUGGUGAAUCUGUGUAUGAACUAUCCUGAGGGUCUCUCCAUAUUCAAGAUUCACAACCUUUACCUGAAGGCCUACAACAAGCCUCUGGAUCUGGGAUGCUCAAACAGGUUGUUGGCACUAGAGACACUGCUGAAGACCAUACCUGACCAGCUCCGCUUCUCCUCUACUGGAGGACUGACUGUAUGGCCUAUCACGUCUCCUCUACAGACAUCCACCUCAUCAUCUUCCUCAUCAUUAGCAUCAUCGUCAGCAGCAGCUAUAGAACGUCCCACUGCACCUGGAAGCUCAGCACAGGAUAUCAGCAAAGCUGUGUGCCUGAACAGGCUCAGAAGAGAGGUGCUGCUCAUGCUCGGCGCCUUCCCUGGUGGUGUGGAGGUGCCUAGGCUGUGUGCCUGCUACAAGCAGAUGUACGGCAGGCAGCUGACCCUCAGAGAAUAUGGGCUGGCAGGCCUCCAAGAGCUGUUUGCUGCCCUAGGGGACCAGGUGUGUGUGGAGAGACAGGACAAGAUGAACUUGGUUCGGCUGAGCAGUCCUGGCGACCAGAUGGAAUACACACAGCCACAGCAGGGGCAUGUACGGGAGAGGAGGAGAGAGGAAGAAGAAAAAGAAAGAGAAGAGAAGGAUGUAAAUGAAAGCCUGUCAGGAGCUCUGCUCAGGAAGACAGUGAUGUCGGAGACUGAGAAGGUCCAGAGGAACAUCCUGUCCCUGGUGGAGCAGCACCCAGAGGGGAUACCCCUGAAGAAGCUGACGGUGGCCUACAGACAGAAGUACCACUGCAAACUCACCCUGUCCUCCCUGGGCUUCAACUCCACAUCUAGCCUGGUGGCCUCUCUGGAAGGGGAGCUCUAUGUAGACAAGGACCUGGUCUUCCACAGGAGCCAUAGAGGAGUCGCCGCAGCUCCAGCACAGGCAGGGGGAGACCAGGUUGACAUAUCCCGCAGGCCUCGGUCUGGGAAGGAUCCACCAUCGAGGACCCUCUCCCCCAGAGCUGUACCACUGAAAACCCAUCCUCAGUCUACUACCCCGAUCAGCUUUGGUUCUGGGUCUGAUCCCCUACAACCGGCCCCAGGCUCUCGCUAUGGGCCUCCCCCAAGCUCUGGAUCCUCCCUUGGAGCUACCUGUCCUUCUAUUCCCCCCUCUGCUGUCCCCCGCUCCUCCCCUCUCCUUUCUUUCUCCAGCACAGUGAAAGAGAAUGAAGAGGUGACUCGGGAAGAGCUACUAGACAGAGUUAAAGAAGUGAUAAAGGUGUACCCCCCUGCCGCCACAACUAUCGCCCAACUACAGAACGGCUACUUGCUGCGCUUUGGGAAGCAACUUCCUCUCCAGCAGUACAGGUCUCUGUAUGACAACCAUGAGAAACAACCUGCAGCAGCCUGCGCAAUUGUAGUCCCGGGAAAGACAGGAGCAGAGAAACCAGCAGCCACUUCAAAGAUGACAGAGCGUGAGGGACAAUCUGCUCCUUCCACACCCCUGAACAACGGAUGCGUGCAGGACCAGGUGCGCUUUAAAACAAGGUCCCCCCUGCUACAAACAACAUCACCAGUUCCAUCCUCGUCCCCGUUACUCUCCCAGCCCCCCAUCACUCCCCAAAUCCCCCAGCCUGGUACCUCCGCAUCGGACUCCGACUUCCCAGCACUGAAAGCGGAGCUGAGGCUGACCAAAGCCCAAGAGCGGAGGCAGCUAGCUGUGGGACAGAGGGAAGGAAACUCCCCUGUCUUCAGAGAGGCCUACAAUGCCCAGCUCAGGGAAGUGCAUGGGGCUAACGUGCGAGCUGUGGAGGCACAGGCUGAAGAGGAGGAGGAAGAUGAUGGGAUGAGGAGGAAGAGGAAGAAGGCUCUAGAUCCUGAGGCGGUGAAUAGUCUGGUGGAGGACGUCAUACGAGACAUCGCAGCCGAGGGAGAACUUGUCACCAGAGAGAAGGUGAUCUCCAGGGUGUGCAUGCUGAUGCAGGUCCGCACUCUGGAGGCAGGCAGGAUAGACCUCCGCUGGCAGAUACCAGCUCUGAAGGACCUGCAACGCAACCUCCGAGAGAUCAACAUGUUCAUAGAGUCUACAGAGGCUGUGACUGCGAUGUGUACCCUGUAUGAGUUGGGUCAGAACCUGGCUGGUCUGAAGAACAAGAAGCGUUUUGAGGAGCUGAACCUGGGGCCGCUGUGUAAACUGCCUCUCAUCCAUCGCAUGUUCAAGAUAGACAGCAACACCAAGGACGAGGACAUUCACCAGAUAGAGACUGUGGACAUACUGAGGAGUCUGCGUGUGUUCAGGAGGAAACAGAAUAAGCCCAAGGUGGACCUGGCUGAGUUUAUGAAGCACCUGUCUGACCAGUAUAGCUGUGACUCUCCCUAUGAACUGGGCAUUCGUAUACACAGCGUGGGCCUGCCCAUAGCCACCUUACAGAAGGCGGUGAGCUCAGAGUAUGUGUGUAUGGAGCGUGCCCGGGAGGCCAUCCAGAGGGAGUUGGAGGAGGAGGUGGGGGAGAGGAUGAGGAAGAUGAAGAGGGUCGUGAUGGAGGGAGCACAGGGUCCCGUCCUCUUCUCCUCUGUCGGUAGUGCCGAGCUGAGGAAGAAAUACGUUACCAUGACUGCAGCCGAUGCCGUGCUCGAGGUCUUCACCAACGCAUCCGGGGUCUUCAACCCCAAGAUGACCAAGUCAGUGCAGGACUUCAUGCUGCGUGUGUCAGCUGACCGUCUGGCCAGGGCCUUGUUCCAGCUGGCUAUCUGUGGGGGGUCGCUGGCUGCCCCUCAGGACCUGGUGCCCAAAGAGAAGCCAGCCAGACACACUCAGGAGAGGAGAGCUGAGGAGAAAACACAGGCCACACCACCCAGCGAAGCCGCAGUCAAGCAGGUCCUGAAGGAGAGCCUGUCCAAUCACAGCUCUCCAUUCACCCUGGCCCAUGCGGCGUCUCUGGAGAGGAAGUUAGCCAAGCACUUCCAGGUCACAGAGUUCACGUCUCUGGAGCAGGGCUCCUUUCUGGAGUUCCUGGUCAAACAUGCUCAGGUCCUGCAGGAGACAGUAGGCAGCGCUGUGGUUGUGGGCAGCACUAGUGGUGGUGGUGGUCAGGACUGGCAGGGCCAGGGAUGUGGCUUCAGACCCAACAGACAAGAUGUGUUUGAGUUUAUCAAACAAUGUGGCACGACAUCAGCCGACGAACCAGACGGGCUGUCCCACGUCGAGUGGUGUCUGAGAGCCCACUACGGGGUGAGGGACAGUCGAGACCUGGGGCUAGGACCUCUUAGGACCUUGGUGGGACUGGUGGAGCGCCAGAGAGAGCUCACUCUGGGAGGAGGGCUCAGCCAUGUGCUCUACGAGGCAGCCCUGCUCCCCAGAGACACCAGUAGCAGUAGUGUAGGUGAGGCCCAGCAGACGGUGGGUAUCCUAGGGGAGGUAUCUCAGACCCAGGCCUUGUCCUGUCUCCUCUCCUGCCCUCUACUGGAUGAGCUGGGUCAGUGGAGCCAGUGGGAGCUGGUCUUCAGGCCCCGCCACGGACCCCUUAAGGACUUCAUUGAUAGGAACGCUGCGAGCACUGACCUGUCAGCGUUGGAGGUGUUCCCGGGUGUUCUCCUGCGGGUCACCACCUCUACAGGGGACAAGCUCUUCUCCCAGGCAGCCAUGACCCUUGACCCCGUGGGCACGGCAGGACACCUGGUCUCCAUGGUGGUGGCUGAUGGGACAGCCAACGCCCCCACUGCCCUCCUGGCCAAUCACAUGGAGAGCUCUCUUGCGGCGGCGGUAGCGAAGGAAGAUUUGUCACGGGCUGAGGAGGACGGGUCGUGUUUCAGCUCUGUGGCUCUCUUCCUCCUGGACUGUCUGAUCCGCAUCCCCACCAGAACCUGCCGGGCCCUGCUGCAACAGGUGUUUCUGGAGCCCUUCUCUCGGGUGCUGGGUGGCCAGGCCAAGUCUAAAGCGGUGCUGCUGUCUACAGCCCGGUCCAACCUGCGCCACCUCAACUGUCUGCACCAGCUGGGCAUCGUGCUUGGCAUCACAGACUGGGUCAAGGAUUACCACACCAAGCUCAGCCCACCACAGAACCAGGACCUAAACCAGAGCCAGAACCAGGCCCAAACACCACCAGCUGACCAGACCAAGCCAGCUCCUGUGGAUUCUGUGAGCAGAAGUCUCUCUCAGACUCUCAGUGAGGAUGAGGAGUUCCCAGAGGACUACAGCUCUGACUCCUCCCACCCCACUCAGCCACAGCACGCAGAGGGCUGUGAUGAAGAUGACGAUGAGUUAUAUGAGCUGACCUCUGAGACACUCGGAGACACACACACCGAGAGAGACGGAGAGGAAGCCUGGAAGGAAGGGAAGUCAUUGGCUGAGCCUGAGAAAGCGGACAACGCUGAUAGCCAAUCAGAGAGCAGAGUGGAUUGCCACAAGGACAUAAUUGAUGACAUCAGGAAGAGUGAGUUUGGCAUUGGAGUAGAGCUAAAUGAGGAGGGUCAGAGGUUGAUGACUGUUCACCAGGAGAGGCUGGGGCGCAGUCUGGACCGGCUGUCCACUGAACUCUACAGCAAAGACACACACUUUGUACUGGAACUCAUACAGAAUGCUGAUGAUAACAGUUACCCGACAGAGGGGGGCCCUGUCCCUGCGCUGGCCUUUGUUGUGGAGAAAGACUGUGUGACUGUCCUAAACAACGAGACAGGCUUCCAGGAGAAAAACAUCCGGGCCAUCUGUGACGUGGGCCGCAGCACCAAGGGCAAACACAAAUACGGAUACAUAGGUCAGAAGGGAAUAGGUUUUAAAUCCGUGUUCAAGGUGACUGACUGUCCUGAGAUCCACUCUAACGGAUUCCAUCUGUGCUUCGACAAGACCAGUGGCCCCAUGGGAUACAUCCUGCCACACUGGGUCGACGACGAGAGACCUCUCAACACACACCUUGCCAACCACACACAUACCAGCUGGACCACUAAGAUCUGUCUGCCGCUGCGCUCCGAGUGCUACCAGACCAGAAACCUGUUCCACGAUGUCCACCCCUCUCUGCUGCUCUUCCUACAUCGCCUGCGAUCUAUCACCAUCUACAACCAGGCUGAGAAGCGGAUGGUGACCAUGACGCGUAGAGACCUGAGUCACAGCGUCCUGGAGGUGGAACACACUGAGGGAACAGAACGCUGGCUGGUGGUCAAACACACACUGCACCCCACCAAGAUCAAAGAUGAAGUGGAGUCCACUGAGCUUGCCCUGGCCUUCCAGCUGGGUGAUGACCUCACAGGAAGUGACAUCCAAGCCCCGCCCCAGAAGCAGCCUGUCUUCGCCUUCCUGCCUCUCCGAAGCUUCGGCUUCCGCUUCAUUAUCCAAGGUGACUUUGACAUUCCUUCUUCUCGUGAGGAUGUGGACAGAGAUAGCUCAUGGAACCAAUGGCUCCGUUCUGAGAUCCCCCAACUGUUCUUACGCGCCAUGGACGUCUUCAGUGAUCACCCAGAGUUCAGUGGGCUGAAGGGCCUAUGUAAUUUCCUGCAGUUUGUCCCUCUGCCUGACGAGGUGCUCGACUUCUUCAAGCCUGUCGCCGGGCAGAUUAUACAGUUGCUCAAGGGAAAGGCCUUCCUACCCACACUCAACACAGAUGGUUCUGUGGUCUACAAGCUACCCUCCCAGGUCGCUGUGUGUCAGGACCCGGUCAUUCGCGAUGUGAUCGGUGGAGAGGAGCUUAACAGACACCUGUCUCUGUCCUAUCUGCAUCCGGGCCUGCUGCCAGUCCCGCCCCUAUCCCUGCUCACUCACCUGGGAGUACGACGCCUGAGGGGGAGUGACGUCACCACAGUAACAACUGCCAUGGCCAAGGAGCUGUUGCAGGGAGAUGGUGUCAACUCAGACUCAGGCCUGCGUCAUCUGGCCAGGUUGUUGGUGUGUAACUUCCGUGCGUUGGAGCAGGGCUACGGAGAGACAGACUCUAUCCUGACCACCCUCAGAGAUCUACCCAUAAUCCCACUGGCUGACGGGCGCAUGGUGGCACUCAGCGGAGAGGGAGUCUUCUUCCCCAUGACUGAGACCAAGGAUCACAGCAACACAGGUGUAUAUGGAGCACUGUACAGGGAUGUGUGUGUGGUCCACCCGUCUCUGCUUUCCUGUGUGGAACCACUGGAGAGCCAGCAGAUCCGAGAGCUGCUCAGGAGGCUGGGAGUCCACGAGCUAGAGCCACAGCAACUGCUUGAGAAUCACAUAUACCCUGCCCUGAAGAACAACACAUGGAAGUCCAAGCCGGUGGAGGCAGUGGUGAGCUACCUAGUGUUCAUCAAGCAGCACUCCUCCCCUCAGGAGUACACUCACCCAGACACUGUAGUACCGGUACUGACCACAAGGGGACUGCUCUUCCCUGCUGACCACAAAGUACACUUCUCUACACACUACGGCAAUAUGGACCUGCCCAACAAACUACCAGAACAAACAUGGCGUGGUCCACGUCGUCUGGUGAAAUUUUGGACAGUGCACUGGAGUGUGGACUGGGUGUUGCUGAGUGGUUGUUAUGUGGAGACAGAUGGAGACGUGGAGGGAUGGAGAGAUCUGUUCAUCAGGCUGGGAGUCAGAGAGAGACUCAUACUUAGGAAAGAGAGACGCACUCUAACUUCUAAAGAGCUGGCCUCCAGUCCCUGGGCGGUGGAGAGUAAGUUGUGGCCGUGUAGAGCAGGCAGGGCCGGAGGACCAGAGGAGGGGUGUGUGCUGGAUGACUACCCCUGCGAGGAGCUCCUCUCUCUGGUCACGGCGCAGCUGCCUGCCCCUGUCCUCAUGGAGCAGAGACAAGCCCUGCUGGAGCUACUGGAGACCAACUGGGACACUGGUGACCGGUACUCUCAGUAUCUCACAGCCCAGGUGAUUGACAGUGAGGGCCGGCUAAUCAAGAGCACCAAGUCCUCCUUUUUCCAUUUCCUGUCCUGCCUUCCCUGGGUGCCGGCCUAUUGUCUGCAGGCAGGUGCAGAGGGAGGGAGAAAGGCGGAGUAUCUGUGUCCUAACUCAGUCUACCUGUACUCACCUGAGGUGCACAAUCUACUGGGGACUCACGUCAGCUAUAUUGACAUGACGCCCAGCGAGUUCACCAGGACUCUAGGAAUGAAGAACAGCAUCAAUGUGGAGGAGCUGAUUGGCUACCUGAAGAAGUGGUGUGUAAAAACAUCCUCGGCCAGUGGUCCAGAGGGGCAGGAGAAGCAGGAAGAGGAGGGGUCAGAGUUUAGCUCGACUGUGCAGCAUGUCCACAGUGUGUACUCCUUCCUGCACAAGAACUGUUCUCAGACCAACCUCAAGGAGCUGUUCCAACACACACCGGCCGUCUUCAUAGAGUACAACAGGAACGGAGACUGGUGUUCCGGUAGGUUCUACCACCUGAAGGAGGUGUGUUGGAGCGACCCCACCGAGAUGUUUGUCCGCUACCGGGAGCUGACCCGCGGGGCUGACAGUACGGUACAGGAACCCAGAGUCCUGGCCCCCUUCUACAGCAAACUGGAUGACAUGAAGGACCUCUUCAAAAGGUUGUUAAAGGUGGAGCACACCCCAUCCAUGCUGCAGUAUGUGGUUCUACUGGAGCUGGUGUGUAACUCCUGUCCUCUACCUACUGUAGAUGUACUCCGAGAUGUGUCCAAACUCUACGCAAGGCUGGCUGACAAGUGUAAAACCCCAGGACAGGGAGAACAGGAGCAAAACCUAAGCAUCAACCCCAGAUACUGUUCUACACUGAAGGGGAUGUUGCUGGAUAAGAGGGUGUUCCCCACUAAGGACAACAGCUGGGUGACUCUAGCCCACAGACCCAUGAUACCAGACAGCAAAGAGCUGGAGAAGAUCUUUAAGGCCCACAAACAGGUGUGUCUGCUCAACCUGCCCCUCCCAGAGAAGAGGCCUGCACCCAGGACCAAGACUGGACCAUCCCAAGGUUGGUCUGUCAGUGCAGGGUGGUUCAGUGAGGAAGAUAGGAUUCUGUUCCUGGAGAUCUGUGGCAUACGCUUCCUGUCCCAAUGUGUCAGUACUGAGGCACAGACGGAGAACUACAGACCCUGCCCCUCCUUGCAGCGCCUUGUGCAGUCUGUGGUUCCCCAUAUCCAGAGGUUCCUCUACCACCACGAGGACCUGCAAGAACUCUACUGGGAACUAAAGAAGAACAACAUCAGGCAGACCAUCAGACAGCUCACCUACGGACAGGUAGGUAUGUUGUACACGCGGUACCUGCUGUCUGUGAGUGAUGAGGAGGAUCCCGUGGUAGAGAUGGAGGAUGUCAUAUGUCUACUGAAGGACAACAAGGAACUCUACAUCCAGAAAGACCACCUCUCAGCCAGGCUCGACAUCUGCAGAGAGCUGGUGAAGCUCUUCAGCUUCGAGAGCAGUCACAGGAAGGAGCUGCUGCACUUCCUGAGUGGUCUGAUGACAUCACUGCCGGACAAUGCAGCUCUAAAGAGGUUUCUUCAGAAGGAGUGCCCAGGAGAACUGCCCAGUGAGGAGGAGGCAUGGGAGGUCCCUCAACCUGUACUACCUGUACAGCCAAUACCAGUGGCAUCACCGGUUGUCUCAACCCCAGAAAAUGAGUUCCGUCCUGGGCAGGAGGAUGGAGAGCAGACCCUAAUGUGUUGGCCUCCCCGCGCCUCCCUCUCCAACACAGCAGCCAGUCGCACAGAGCGCCAGCAGACAGCAGGACCAGUGGAGGCGGUGUUGAAGAUGUGGCCCCCUCCGGCUGAACCCAAAGACAGCCCCAGCUAUAGCCCCAGCUCCAUCUCCAACCACAGCCCCAGAGAGAGAGACCCAGAGAGGGAGAUGGAUGCAGGGAGAGAGGGUGUCCAGAGUCAGAGCCCCCGCGAUGGCACAGCGGAGGACCAUCCCAGCCACCUGGGUACCAUAGAGCCCAAUCAGGAUGCAGCAGUGGAAGCAGAGCAGAACGCAGACAGAGCUGUGGCAGGUAGAGAGUCUGGCCAGCACGCUGCCAGAGGCCCAGACCAGCACAGACCAGACAAGACCAGUGGACACAACCAGCAACCCUUCAGUACCACCAUUCCAGAGGGGGUGGUAUCCAGUGUGUUCCAGGGGGCUAGCCAGCGUCCUCCCCUGGCCCUGGACUCACCUGUUUGGGCUAAACCUCUGCAUCCUCAGGCCCUCCUGGAGGACCUGCAGCUUGAAUGCCAGAGACCUUCCACGGUGCUGUUUUCUGAUGAUCAGAGGGACACAGUGGCCAUCGGGGAGUGGGGCGAGAAGCUGGUCUUCUCCUUCCUCUGUCACUGGAGAGACAGCCAGGCCCCCGGGGGGCCCUGCCUGGUCACCUGGUACAACCAGUGCGGAGAGAGCGGCCAGCCCUAUGACUUCAAACUAAUUUUCAACCUCACUCAGGGGGGGGAGUCAGGGGAGGAGAAAGAGGAGAAACAAGAGAAGAAGAAGCGAGGGAUGGUAGUGAGAGAGGUGUUUGUGGAGGUGAAGUCAACGGUGAAGAAGGACAGAGCGUUCAUCCACCUCUCGGCCAACGAGCUGGACUUUGCUCUGAGGGAGAAGGAGCGGUAUCACGUGUUCAGGGUGUACAACGCGGGCGACUCCGAAAAGGUCCGUCUGUGUCGUAUACAGAACCUGGCCCAACACCUCCAUGCUAAAGACCUGGAGCUCUUCCUCUUUGUCUAGGAGAGACGAUGGGGCACCCUAUUCCCUAGAUAGUGCCCUAGCCAUUAGAAGUGCACUAUAUAAGGAAUAGGGUGCCAUUUUGCACGAAGACAAGUAUGUCUUUCUUCCUGAAUGUGUCUUACUGUCCCUCCAGUAACAUUUGGAUUCAGGUCUGUGGAACAUACUAUUUGAUACCAUAAUGUAGAUGCCACUUGUUGAAUUUGUUAAAUUUAAUAGCAUAAAAAAUACUUACUUUAUUAACACUAGUUCCCUAGUGAAUGACAAGACGAAUACCAGCUGAAACAACAAAUUUAUUUCCUGAGUGUGUCUCAUCUAUGGUAACAUUUGUGUUGAUGUUUGUUGAAAAAAGUUGCUUCCCUUAGUUUAUUAACUGUUUAUUUUAUCAUGCACGCUGUUUUUAUCUACCUCUUGUGUAAGAGAGGGAUCGGGUUUCUAUGUUAUAGCUAUUGCACUAUAGUCAGAAGGACUGCAGAGAAGACUUUUACUGGUAACUAAUGUUUUAUAUGGAUUUGUGCUGCCUUUUAAACAACCUUUUAAAUGCACAGAUUUUCGUUUAAGAACCUUUUUAUAGUUUGAAGAUGUGUUGAAUCUUGACUGGUCUGAUGUAAGUGAACGUACACUUACAAAAUAUUAGGUUUAUGCCGUGUUCUCCGUCCCAAGCAGGUUGACAGUCAGGACAUUCCCUGGUAUUCAGCCAGUUAUAUUGUAACGUCAUACUGGAUUGGGAGUUAAGAUAUACAGUUUUGAAACCGAGAUAAGGUGUUUGAUUCAAACAGAAUCUUUUCUUUUUGUCUCAGCCCCCCCAAAAAAUGAAAAAUACUGAACAACUGUUGAUGUUAGAUUUGUUUUAUCAUUCCGUUGAAAAAUAAAACAUAUUUCCCGGUAA